CUGUGGUCGGACUGAUUUUAGUGCUAAGAUGCUAUCGGAAAAAUUUGAUACCGAUACAAGAUUCCAGACCCCCGAAUCGAUUGAAAUCUUGGAGAGAACCCAGGUUCAAGGCGACUGGAAACGAAUUGUUUUGGGAGUAUGUCGUUCCCCACAAGACCAAUGAAACUUACAGUUCGGAAAUUUACACACAUGCUGACCCGGUGUACGAGGAUCUCCAUUUUGCAGAUCGAACGAUGACGUCGACGUUUGACACAAAGAAAUGAAGAGACAACGACGUUGAUUUUCAAGCGGUAUAUAUCGUUGAUGCGACACUUUCUUUUUUUUUUCGUUUGGGAUACGAGGGAUGUUUCAUAAGUCUUGUGACUACAGUAUUUCAAAUAGAUUCGAAAUGCAGUUUGGUCAAUAUUGAAAAAUAUUGUUUUCCUAACAUAACCUCGUCACGCGGCAAAACUUCAUCGCUCUUCAACAUACUCUCCGCCACUUUAAAUUUCAAUUUCAUGCAAUAAGUCUAAUGAUAAAAAAUUGGCAAAGAUCAAGUUCAGACUGGAAUUUUCCUUGUGCCACUGUUUUGGUCGUUGGAUUUAUCGCAUGAAAAAGUGCAUUGAAAUUGGCAGAGAGUAUGUUGGAGAGCAAUGAAGUGUUGCCGGGAGACGAGGUUUUGCGGGUGAAAAAAAAAGUUCAUAAUUAAACAAACCGUGUUGGAUCUAUUUGAAAUAGUCGCAAGACUUAUGAAACAACCCUCGUAUGUAUUUGAAGUUCUUUCCGUCUGUCCAUUAUGCCGAAGACCGAAUGCUGGCCAUAAAUUUUCUUGCGAUUGUAUUUCCAAGAUCAAUAAAAACUCAUAAUGCUUUUGGCGACAUUUUAAAA